GGAGGACGUAUUAAUGCAUUGGUUCGUCCGAUGCAUGUUGCUAAUUUCAUCAAUGAAGUGGAAGAAGGGGCCGUUUAUGUCCUAAAGAAGUACCUAGUUGAAAGCAAUGUCGGGAUUUACCAAACGACAAUAUGUACUUGGAGGCUUGUGAUCAAUAAGGAUACUAAAUUUAUUAAGUGGCCUCACCCAUUUCCUACCUUUCGGUUUGUCUUUAGAGAUUUUGCAACUUUAAUGGACAUUGACAAUGUUGAUGAAAGGAUGUUGUUUGAUGUUAUUGGGGUGGUUGUUGAAAUACAACCAAUUCAAAUGAAGAAUGUAAGGGGGGUGACUACUCAAAUGGUUGUUUUCUCCCUUAUGAACUUGGAAGGAAAAAAGAAGAAUUGUACCCUUUGGGGACAAUAUGUUGAUCAACUAAUUGCUAUUGAGCAUCACUAUAUGAAUGAACAACAACCCUUUGUCAUAAUCAUGCAAAUGUGUCGUGCUAAGGUGUUUGAUGAUGAGGUGCGGAUAACCACAUCAAAGGAUGUUACGCUUCUCAUUUGCGUAGAUGUUCCCGAAGUUCUUGAAUUUAGGAGGAGGUUGGCUGCAAGUAAACGGAGGAAUACAACUUUGGUGUCCAAUAGCUCGAUGAUUGUCAAGACCGAAAUUCAACAACUUGAGGAUGGUGACGUAUUCGUUAGUACUGUUGAUUCCCUUUAUGAUAAUGUGGAG